AUGAGUAAUACAGAAAAUUAUCAUUAACUUAUUAUUAAUUAUCAAGAUGAUGAUAUGAUUCAACCAAACAAAGAUAAUUUAAAAUAAACAGUAAAAUAUGAUUUAAAUGUAAAUUUAUAAUUCGAAAUAAAACCUUUAUACAAAAAGGUCAAACUAUUCCCUAACAUAGCAUAAUACUUACCUGGAAUUGUAAGUAUAAAAGCAUAAGAUAAAAUUAUUACUCAAAAUUCUGAAAAUUAAAGGGUUGGAGUAGAUUUGGUAUUUAUUUUUUAAUUUAUGUUUAGAUUUGUUUGAUUGAUAUUAGUGGAAGUAUGGAUGGAUAGAAGAUAACAAUGGUUAAGCAAACAUAAAGCUUAUUGCUUGAUCUUCUAAGCGAUUAUUGUCGAUAUUAACUUAUCACAUUUGAGUCUUCAACCUAAAGACUAACACCAUUAAAAAGAGUAAAAUAUGCAAAUACACAAUACUGUAAAUAAAUUAUAUGA